AUGUCCAGGUGUUCAUGUCACUUGUGGAAGCUUUUGCCACUCACUCGGCACGUUCUUUUCCAAGGUGCUGACCCUGACGACAGCAUCAACUUGACUUUCUCGGAGGGUGUAGAAGCGUCCCCCGAUGCGGCAAAGGUGGUCACUAUCCAAAACCUGUAUACUGGUGCCAGCACCAGUCUGCCAUGCAAGUCGAACUCAGUUGUUCUUGAGUACGACAGUGCCAUCGUGGACCCAGGAGCUUUCAGCGAUCACUGCCAACGGUAUGAAGUUACAUACAGCUCCGGCUGUUUCCGCGACCUGUCAGCCUCCCAAAACGAAGUGGCAGCGCUGUCAGGAGGUGCAUACGUCUUCGAAACAUCGUGCAUCACGGGGUUCAGUCCUGCCAACAACGCUGACGACUUCGCUUUGGAUGGUCGCAUUGUGAUCAACUUCAGCGAGGCCAUUGAGCCUGGUUCAGGGAACCUGGUGCUGACUCCAGUGGGCCGCACCUCGCAGUACCGAUCCAUCCCCGUUCAAGAUGAACUACAGGUGUCCUUUGAUAUGCUGAAUACGUCAAUCACGAUUUCUCCGAAUGACCCACUAUUGGCGUCCGAAGUUGCACGCUCCAAUCUGUGUCCCAUCAAUGCCGCGACAUUGGACGAUUGCAAGGGCCAGAUCUGGGACAUCACCAUGGCUUCCGGGGUCCUGCGUCGUGCCACGCCAACAACGCUGUUGGCACAGCGAGAUCUGUUGGAGCCUCUCCAGCCCGCUGGCUCGAACGGCGAAACAUACCGUGUUCGCACACGAGCAGCGGACGUCACGCCACCAGUCAUGACGGUGGUAUCAGCCGAUGGCAUUUCGGAGAACAUCAUUCGCGUCACGAUCCGUCUUGAUGAAAGUGGCACAUCCUUUUGCCAGGCCUUUCCAGAUGGACCCAGUGGGCAAAAGCUGGCAGUGACACUCUCGGAGAUUGGGUCAACGUUCUCUGCCUCUGCUGACUUUAGCUCAAUCUUUGGCUAUGCUGAAAUGGAAGUCGAUGUUGCUGACCUGGCAACAAAGACCUUCUACAACGUGUAUUGCUACGCGCAGGACACGGAGCAGCCUAUCGUUAACGUGGUAACCAUGGGUGCUGCAGUGGCAACCCGACAGCGGGUCCGCACGCUUGACACGACAGCGCCGCUCUCCUUCAAUUGCACUGCCCAGGCUGGUGCUGUUAUCUUCUCUUGUGUUGCCGGCUCCAACUGCACUGCGCAGGCAGCUUCAGGACGAGAAGAUGCCAUCGAUGUGAGCCUAACGCUGGACGAGCUUGGCACGGCCUUCUGUGUCGCUGUCCGCGCGGGUCUUCCACGACCCAGCCGUUUCAUGGUGGCGGCAGGAUUCAGCUCAAUCACGUUUGCGUACGAGCUCCGAUCUGAGCAGCCUUUUGUGGCGAGUAUGCUGGUUGACAUGGUGUCUGCGGACUAUGGGCCAAGCGGCUGGGCACAAGACGACGAAGGACCAGUGAGAGAGCUGGGGCACGUGAUCCUUCAAGUGUUGGUUUCCAGGCUGGACACCACGCCUCCCCAGAUGAGCAUCGUUGACGCUGAGGCUGUUGCCAAAGAUACGCUCCACCUCAUCGUGCGCCUGGACGAAGGAGGAAUUCGCCGAGUACAUGCGACUGGCCAGUUAGCCUGCCAGGGUGCGCCAGACGUGCAGCCUCUGAACAUGUCCCUUGAUUUCGAGAACUUGAUCAAGGCUGAGUCGGCCAACUGCACGGCCGGGCUCUCAGCUCGAGCUGCGAGAGACACUUUGGGAAACGAGUGUGGUACUUUCUGGGUUUAUGACCUGGACGACAUCGAGGAUUCUUCAGCAGACGGGGUCUCCACUCCAGCGGAUUUUGAUGCCAGCCCAUGGACAUACCAGCAAGAUGUGUCGAUACUGCUCUUGAACCUGGAGGAAGCCACUCGGUACGACUACAUCUACUGUUAUGCGGAGGACGAUGAAGAUGAUGGUACAGGCUCCGCAGCGAACAAGAUGGUCUUCAAUACAGGUGUUCAGGCAAGUCAGGUGGAGUUCAUCCGAAAUCAGCUCGGAAGCAUUGUUACACUGGAUGAAACACCGCCGACGUUCACUGCACUCGAGAUCCAGGAUCCUACCUCCUCCAACGAUCGAAUCUCUAUAUCUUUCGAGUUGAACGAGCCUGGAACUGCAUACUGCCGCGCGACGCGUUCAGACUCUGGUGAGACAGCCGCCGACAUGCACCUGAACCGAAUUCUGUCUGCUAGCUGGUCUUCUGCAUAUGAUGGAAAUGGUACACGGACAAUUACAAUGACAAAGCUAGAGAACGUGGAUCCCCUGCUUACCAGCCGUGACGAUGAAGAUGUGUUCUUCUUGGAGGCCACCCUUUACGAUGUGUACUGCUGGGCGCGGGAUGCAGCCGUGGACACAAAAGGAUUCCCAAGAGCGAAUUACAUGACGCAGGAAUAUGUGAGUGCAGAUGCUGUCAGUGCCGGUGAGAGCUCUCCCGCUGGUGGUCGCGUCGCAAAUAUCUGGGUGAAAGACUCUACGCCACCGACCAUCACUCUGAUUGAUUCGGAGAGCCUGGACUCGAACACCAUCCAGGUAACACUCCAGUUGGACGAGCCUGGCACGAUCUGGUGUCAGGCCAUGAGCUUGCAGGGCCCCGAUGCAUCGAUCUGCGAUAACAGCAGUCUGCAGGACGUCAACGACACCGAGCCCUGCUACUAUGAAAGCUACAUCAAGGGUUCCGGACAGUCCGUUUUCAGCAUCACAGCGCCGACGCCGCACCGCAACGUCCACAUCGUCAUGAACCGAUUGCUGAACAGCAAUCAGGUUUCCACCGCCUUGGUCUCCCAGACGGAUUACCAGGUGCUCUGCUUCGCGGAGGAUGAUUGGCCCAUAGAGGCAAGCAGCCUGCAGCUCUCAAGCCGUUCGCCCAGCUUCUUGGCACCAACCCUUCCGAACAAGGUAUCGCUGACAGCUGUUCAUUCCCUGCGAGAGCUCAUCGGAACGAAAAGAACUUUGGAUGAGACUCCUCCAAACUUCACCCAGCUGGUAUUGGAUGACCCCACCACCUACAACGACCGCAUCAUCGUGGCCUUUGCCCUGAAUGAGCCGGGAACCGCUUACUGCCGUGCAACACGGUCUGACUCCGGGGAGACGUCUGCUGACAUGCCUGUCGUGCGAAUCCUGGGUGCCGGCUGGUCCGCUGCGCAUAAUGGCAGCACGGUGCCGUCGAUCAUCACAAUGACGAAGCUGGAAAAUAUCGAUCCCGCCCUGACAAACCGCGAAGACCACAACAUCUUCAUUGAUGAGGCAUCUCAGUACGAUGUCUACUGCCUGGCCAAGGAUGACGCCACCGAUGAUCGGGGGCUUGCUCGUCCCAACAUCAUGACCGCCGGCUACAUAAGUGCCGAUGUUGGCGUUUCGGAGUUGCUGGCACUUGUAGCUGCCAGCAUGCUAAUGGGUCACCAGGACGGGCAGUCCCUUCAUGUCAUGUCAUUUGCAAUCCUUGUCGUGCUUGACCUUCCUACCACCAAGACACAGCGCACGCACCCUGCCGCGAAUGUAGAGGAGUCUGGGUUGCAGAUACUACGCCGCCUGGGAUGCGUCUUUGAAAGCACUGGAUAUUGGUUCGUGCUGCAGCUGUUGGGCAGGUGUCAGGCGGCAGAGGUGGUGGCGGCCAACUCCACCAAUUUCCUGAGUUGCAGAGAGGACGAAGUGCAGGCCACGAAUUCGAGUGAAGACUGUUUUUAUGAGGACUUUGUCAAGGGCCUGGAGAACGAAACCGUCUUUAGCGCAGAGGCUUCGCAGAAGCACAUGUUUUGGGGCGUUCGCGGGGAAGUGUCCGAACCGUAUCGCGAUGUAAUGAUCGAAGUCACACGGAUCUGGCGAAAAGAUCAGUCCUCCAUUCCUUUGAUGCACGAGCACCUCUACUCUGUCUUCUGUUUCGCCGAAGAUGAUUGGCCGGCCCAGGUGUCGUCGGUUGUUUCGGUGAACUUCGGCUCGCCCACCGCGACGAACAAAGUCGACCUGUCGCAGGGCUUGGCCUUGAGAGAUGCGAUUGGGCCCCUGGCAACCUUAGACGAGGCUGCUCCAACUUUCACGUUCUUGGAAAUCGAGGAUCCAAGUGCCGGAAACGAUCGAAUCGUGGUUACUUUCGCAUUGAACGAGCCGGGAACUGCGUACUGCCGACCCACACGCUCAGACUCGGGUGAAACAUGGUUGGACAUGCACAUCAACCGCAUCGUCAGUGCUGCCUGGUCUUCGCCGUUCUCAUCAGGUGUUGCUGCCAUCGAGAUGACCAGCAUCUCCAACCGAAGUCUGGAUCGACUGGACAAUGCAGCUUUGGACGAGGCAGUGCGCUACGACGUGUACUGUUGGGCAGAAGACGAUGCCUUGGAUGGUUGGGGCAUGCCACGCCCAAACCUCAUGAGCCAGGAGUAUGCCGGGACGGCAGUCAACAAUGCCGUGAGCUUAGCCUCCAGCCCGGCCGGCGGUUUCACUGCUGGCGUCUGGGUUCGAGACUCCACGCCGCCCAAGAUGAUCUUCGUGCGGUCGGAGGCCGUCGCGCGGUCGACGCCGACGCUGCAGGUGACCCUCCAGCUGUCAGAACCUGGCACUGUCUGGUGCCCGUACCUCAGCGAGACCAUGGGUGAGCAGGCGCUUCUUUGGCUUUCCGCUUUUCAGGAAGUUCUGGUCGCAGCCAUCUGCCUGAACAGGCUGAACUUGGCUUACCAAGGCUAUUUCGUGUCCUUCAUUAAGGGCAACACGACCUCCAGCUUCGAAGUUGCCGUCGACAGCGCCUACCGAAAUGUGGAGGUCGAGGUCAACGUCCUGCAGCUGAGAGCCGGCGGGACCCGGGCGCUUCAGCCGCAAAGGCCUUACAAUGUCUUCUGCUUUGCAGAAGAUGAUUGGGUGCUCCAGGCAGACGCCGCAGCAAACUCCAUCAGUUACGUCUCGCCCAGCUCUCCUUUGCAAGUGUCGCUCAACGACAGCGUUGCCUUGAAAGACGAGAUUGGGCCACUUGUCACCCUGGACGAAAGCCCACCGUCGUUCACCAAGCUGCUUAUUCCAGAUCCCACCGCAUACAACGAUCGGAUUAUCGUUGUCUUGUCUCUGAACGAGCCAGGCACCGCAUACUGCCGUGCAACUCGAUCGGACUCAGGAGAGACAGCAGUCGACAUGUCCGUCAAUCGUGUGAUCGCAGCGGGUUGGUCGGCAGUUUUUGCAAGUGCUGACGUCUCCAUAGAAAUGACAAAGCUGGAGAAUGUCGAUCCCGCUUUGACGGCCAGAGAUGAUGUGGAUGUGUUUUUCGAAGAACAGACACAGUAUGACGUGUACUGCUGGGCACAGGACAGCGCGGUGAACAGCCAAGGGGUCCCGCGCCCCAACUACAUGUCACAUGCCUACAUGGCGACAGAGGCGAAUUCUAGCUCAAGUCCGGCUGGUGGUCUGACACAACAUGUUUGGGUCACGGAUUCGACUCCUCCUACCAUGAUCUUCGUUCGGGCAGAUGCCUUGGCAAGUGCCACUUUGCAGGUGACGUUGCAGCUGGAC